AUGAUGCUAAACCUUCCCUUGGAAAUCGUGGAAGAGAUUCUAUGCAGGCUUCCAGUGAAGCUCCUCUCACAACUCCGAUGCGUUUCGAAGUCUUGGAAUUUGCUAAUUUCCAAUCCCAAGUUCGCCAAAAAGCACAUGCGCUACUCACACAAGGACUUCUCUCGCUGGCACCUCAUCUUAAACUUCAUGAAUCCCUCAUGCGAGAUCCCUCUCUUGGAUUACUUUUUCCCGUCUAUUUUCAAUGAAGAAACCCCAACCACCACAAAGCUCAGGUAUCCUCUAACUAAUCAAGAAUAUUUUCAUUCGAUUGUUGGAUCUUGUGAUGGAUUUCUCUAUUCCAUCAUUGGUAGUUCCUUUAUUGUAUGGAAUGCAUCUAUUCAGAAAUUGAAGAUUUUGCCAUAUUUGGAAAUUCCACCACAAGGUAGUAGAAAUACAAUGAUAUGGAAUGCAUUUGGUCAUGAUCAUUUAAGUGAUAGUUACAAGGCAGUUUCAUUUUUUCAGUAUAAAUGUGAUGGUGGUGGUCUUAAAAUUCAGGUCCAUGUCCAUACUUUGGGUACUAAUUCCUGGAGAAGGAUUGAAGAUUUCCCUUAUAUUAUUUUGUUAGAUAGAUUGGCAAAAUUUCUGAGUGGAACGCUUAAUUGGUUUGUGCUAACUGCAAAUUGUUCAUGGGCUAUUGUUUCUUUUGAUUUGGGGAAGGAGUCUUAUCAAGAAAUUACGCAGCCUGAUUAUGGAGAUGGAGGUCUAGUUAGUAAAAACUUAACAGUACUAAGAGAUUGUUUGUGCAUCAUUGCUCAUAAGCAGUCAAUUUCAGAAAUUUGGCUUAUGAAAGAAUAUGGUAUUCAAGAGUCUUGGACUAAACUAUUCAAGAUUUCUGGUGAAGAUCCUAAAACUUAUCCACUUACUCGGGUAAUUCAUAUUUUUGAGGAUGAUGAAGUGCUUCUAGACUACCAGUACAAGUUCGUUGUUUAUAAUCCAAGACAUGAUACUUUUAAAACUCCUCUUUUUCAAUACAAGGGUUUCAUGACUCCAUGGGUGUACAUUGAGAGUUUGCUAUCACCUUGUUCUUAA